AUGUCGUCAAAUCACCACCGUGAACAGCCCGGGUUAGAAUUAGCUCCCGAGCCAGAGCUGCCUCAUGUCGUCGAAGGCCCGACCAUCGUAGAGAAGCCGUAUGAUGGUUCACCUCAGUUCCAACCUGCUCAAGCUGCCUACUACCAAAAUAAUGCUUACGCAAACGGCGGGUAUUCGCCGUCAGCGUACCCGACUCAUCCUGGACUAGCGCCUCAGGGCCAGCCAUACUGGGGAGGUUCUCAAGACGGCACCUACCUUACUGAUGGAUCUCCUCCGAGCAACACGCCACCUAAGGAUGGAAUGAUAUUGGGUAUAAGAAAGAAGAAAUUCUGGCUGAUAAUCGGACCACUUAUCGCUUUGGUUGUUAUUGGGUUGGCUGUGGGCCUUGGAGCAGGGCUAGGGACCUCGCAUAACAAAGAUUCUACAUCAUCCCCACCAGCCGCGCCAGACGGUCUCCCUUGUAACCAAAAUCAAUCCAACGGAACGGUAUACGAGACGGACAACGAAAAGUUCCUCAUCCUCUGCAACAGAGACUACAAUGGCAAUGGAAAUAGUGGGACCACGGAUAUUGGUAACAAGGCGGCGGACAGCGCCGAAGAAUGUGUCCAGAUGUGCGCGGAAAACGAUGCCUGUGUUGGCGCUGGCUGGGGCAGUGUGGGUGAUGGCGACACUUGCUGGAUGAAGGGAUCGCUCGGUGCCCAGCAAGCUGGUGAGAAUUGGUUCUUCGCAAUUAAGCAAUAA